AAUUUGUUGACAUUUUUUUGACAAAAUGAAUCAUUUCUUUUUGAUUAUUAUUUUUAUUGUUCUCCUUACGCUUAAUUUCGAUUACGUGGCAUCUCAAUGCAAGUGCAAAGACCCAUUUUAUAGUGCCUCCUGUCAACUUGAUUCCGAUUGUUCGAAAUAUCCGGGAUAUGUUUGUUCAAAUAAUCCUAGGCAAUGGGCAAAAUAUAGAACAUGUAUUUUUGGGUGUCAUAGUGACGAUAAUUGCAAUACUGAAAGAAAUAGUAAAUGUUUGAAAACAUUUUAUCCACACUGGUUUUGUAAUUGCACUAGUGAUGUCGAUUGUCAUAGUUUUGGCCAUUGUUAUAAUGGUAUCUGUUCAACAUUUUAAAUCGUCAUGUCAGUAUUAAUUGCAAAAAAGAAUGUUUAGGAAAAUUGCUUGUAAAUUUAGUCCAGCUGUUUAUGUUAGAAUUUUUUUAGUACAGUCGACCCCCCUUUAUAGGCACCUCCUAUAUAAGAACUCCCUCCUUAAGGCACACAUUUUUUAGUCCGGAUUUUUUUAUAUAGUAAAAUACCCCUUUUAUAAUCACAUAUAAAAUUCGAGCAUCCUUAUCGUCCACCAGGUUUAACUGAAUUUUGAUUGGACAGAAAUCAAUUAUUUUGGCGUAACAUUUAUCUCAAUUCAAA